UAUCCUCCAGAUCCCAGAUUCCGACUUCCCUAGUGAUUGACGAGACAUUGGCAAUAGCCAGAUCAGGUGACUCCUUGCCUAGGUUGCUGUUCCCUUCCAGCAGCCGCAGCUAUGGCGUCUCUAGGCGCCGUCGGGGUUCGAUUCGCGCGUAACCUCGCGGUUUUCGCUCUGGUCCUGGUUUCGCUCGCGUGCGUCUGCCAAGCGAGCGAUCUGGUCAUCGUCCGUGCAGAUCGUAAGAUCGACCUUCAGACGCAUCUCGUCCGCAACUCCGCGACCCUCAAGGUGGAGAACGCGGGCACAUCCCCAGCGUCCUCGGUCGUUCUCGCCCUGCUCGUGCCUCCCCCCGGCCGCCUCGCCUUCGCCACAGCCGUGCUCCUGCAGGGCAAGGUCAAGAGUCGCACCUUCCAGGAACUCCCCCUCACUCCCAUCACCCCCUCAUACGCCGUCGAGAAUGGCGUCUACUUCGAAGCCCAGCUCCCGACGCCUUUGGAGCCGGGGAAAACCGCCCAGGUGGAGGUCUAUUUCGUGGUGAUCAACGCGCUCACGCCCCACCCGGCUGAGAUCACCCAAGCCGACCCUCAGCUGGUUAUUUUCGAGGAUUCUCACUACCUCACGUCGCCGUACCCGGUCCGGUCCCAGAGCACUAUUAUCCGCCUCCCGAGCCACCAGAUCGAGUCUUUCACGGCGAAGGAACCUUCCAGGAAGACGGAUUCGGAGAUUAAGCUCGGGCCGUAUGAGGGGGUGGAGAAAGGCGAGGUGUCGCCGCUGCUGGUGCACUAUGAGAAUAACCGGCCGUUUCCGCUGUUUGAGCGGGCGGAGCGGGAGUACGAGAUCUCGCACUGGGGGAAUGUGUAUGUCACGGAGGACUACCACCUGGUGCACUCUGGCGCAAAGCACAAGGGCAUGUUCUCGCGUCUGGACUACCAGCACCGCCCCAUGGCGAUCGGAGUGUCCUCGCUGCGCGGACUCAUGGCGGUGCUGCCAGAGAGGGCCAACACGGUGUACUACAGAGACGAGAUUGGGAAUAUCUCCUCCUCUCACCUGCGGUACCCGCACAGAAAGGCCGAGCUGGAGAUCGAGCCUCGGUACCCGCUCCUGGGUGGCUGGUCAGUGACCUUCCGAGUGGGGUACAGCGUGCCUCUGAGCGACCUGGUCUCGAUCAGCACGGACGGCACUCGCGUGCUCAACGCUACUUUUGGGAGCCCCUUUGCCGACGUCCCUAUUAAGCACUUAACUGUCAAGGUGGUGCUUCCCGAGGGUUCGUACGGCAUUUCAGCAGACGUCCCUUUCCAUGUGGGAAAGAGCACCGAGACCAAGUACUCGUACCUGGACACAGUGGGCAGGCCUGUUGUUGUCCUCGAUAAGACGGAUGUGGUGCCGGAGCAGGGGAUCAUGCACUUCCAGGUGAGGUACAAGUUCUCAGCCAUCGCUCUUUUCACCGAGCCCCUCCUCCUCGUCCUUGCCUUCUUCCUCCUCUUCCUCCUCUUCAUCGCCUACACCCACUCCGACCUCACCAUCUCCAAGACCGCCCCCUCCUACCUCGCCAAGCUCCACCACGAGGAAUUCCUCGACCUCAUCCAACGGCUCUCGCGCCUCGUGGCCGAUCGUGCAGCCCAGAUUGAGUCCCUGGAUGCGGGUCUGGUGAAGCUGGGGAGGAGCGGGGACGUGGCGGGGGCGAAGGCUGCCAGGAGGGCGGUGGAGGGGGAGUUGAAGGAGAGCGCGAGGGAGAUUGCCGCUGUGGUGGAAAAGAUCGAGGCUCUUCCCAAGGCCCCUGCCGGUCCCGUGCGCACGGUGCAAGUGCUGGUUGUGAAGGAGAAGGAGCGGGCAGAGAGGGCGGUAGCGAAGCACACAGUGGCAGUGGAGGCCUAUGAGAGGAAGACCCCUGCCAAGGAGAUCGACGCCAAGAUCGCCCCCAUGCAGCAGCGCCUGGGGGCUCUCAAGGCGGAGAUCAAGGAACUGGUUAUGGCUCUGGAGGAGUGAAUUGGGGGAUGGGAAUGGGUGAGGGGAGAGGGGAGUGGAAGGAGAGUUGGAGGGAUGCCAUCGGCGCCAAGAUCGCCGCCAUGCAUCAGCGCCUGGGGCUCUCAAGGCCGAGAUCAAGGAACUGGUCAUGGCUCUGGAGGAGUGAAUUGGAUGAGAGGGGAAUGGAAGGGGUGGGGAGGGGAGGAGGGAAGGCAGGAUGCCAAGAUUGCCCCCCCAUGCAUCAACGCUUGGGAGGGUUCAAGCCCCACUUCAGGUUGCUGGCCUGUGGUCUGUUUCUUUUGUUUGAGUCACUUGAUAUGAGUACAAGUCGGUGCAUGCUGUGGAUAGUCAGAUCAGAUUGAUGCUUAUAGAUGAACGUGUUCCUCGUUCACGCGGAUAACUCUAUACCGAGGUUGCGCGCUUGGAUGGGAAGAUUGGAAGGAUUCGCGGACGCGUUACUGGUAACUGAUCCGCUUUACCGUAGACCCUGUUUUGAGCGGUUUAAUUAUGUUUCCUGCAAUUCUGUCGCGGUGCUGCGGGUUACCGAGGAUCAUACAGGCUGAUCCGUGUUGGUUGAACUCCGAGUUCAGGCCACGUGGCGUUGUGUUGCGUUCCAAGUCUGUCGCUGCGUAGGAGCCGCGCUGCUUGCGCGGAGCACGGAUUUUCCGCUAAAUCCCUCGUCGCGCUCUGGGGCAUUGAUGUCUGAGUGUUGAGUUUCCGUGACUCAAAAGUCGACUGUUGAGUCGAUUGAGAUCUCAUCGCCUCCAGUUUAGGAGCUGCUGCUUGCGCGGAGCACGGAAGUUCCGCGAAACUUUCGUCGCCGCGCUUUGCGGCGAUGGCAUCAGUCGAACCUUCCACGCCUGCGGCUGGCCGUGCCACCGCUAAUCCCGGAGCCGCGGAGACUGCAUCCAGCCAAUACACGGACUUUAAGACGCAGACUUGGUACGACGUGCAGCGGAACGCGCCCGCCGGUAAUCAGCGCGGCGCUGCGGGCGCAGGCGGAGCGGAAGGCGGAGUCGCAGUGGCGGAGAGCUUCUCCGCGGAGGAGGUGCUCCGCCAGGCGGAGGAGCAGGCGGCGGAGCGGAGGCGCGGCGCACGGCUGCGCGCGGCUCCCCCGGUGUACUUCUUCCCGCGGCGGUCGUGGGGUGUGACUAUAGCGAGAUACGGCGCGGUUAUAGCGGCGGGGCUGGGGGCAGGGAUGGCGCUAGAGACAUGGAUCCGACAAAAAGUGGCAGAGGAUGGUGGGUACGUCCUGGGGAAGAAGAAAUCAGAGCAUCAAUGAGACGGACGCCAACACUGCAGACUUUGAGUAGAAAUGGUAGAUGCUUUUUGCACUGAUUGGGCCUGAGGUUUGACAACUUAUACAUAUGUUUAUCUGUAGAAGCUAUAGGCAUGGCGGGACGGCGGCACUGAGGCACUGAGGCACGGCGACGUGACGGGGCCAGCGCGGCGUGACGGGGCCAGCGCGGAGUGACGGGGCCAGCGCGGGGUGACGGGGCCAGCACGGCGUGACGGGGCCAGCGUGGAGGGACGGGGCCGGCGCGGAGUGGCGGGGCCGGCGCGUUCUAGCGAGGCCGGCGUGGCGAGAUGGGGCCGGGGCAGAGUGACGGGCCGGCGCCGGCGCGGCUUGACGAGGGGGGGGGGGAAGGGGGCGAGUACGCUGCGGAAGCGUGAGGAGAAGGCCAGAGCGAAAGGGGCCUGCUCUGAAACCAUGUUAAGCUAAGGUAGCUAGCUAGGAAGCCAUGUAAUGGCAUGAGGUUUAGCUAGGAGAAAGUUGAGAGAAAAGAGAGAGACUAGGAAGAGAGGUGUUGGGCUGAGAAAUGCCCUUAGGAUCUUUCCAGAGACUAAGUCCCAGUUGUAAAAGACUUGAGUAGUGCAGUGGAAGUUGAGGUAGUUAAACCCUUGUACUAGUAUAUGAGAACAAGUGA